AUGGACAGCUUCGACAAGCUUGCUAUCAGCGAGCGCAAGAUCAUUGUUGGCAUCGACUUCGGAACCACAUAUUCCGGGGUGGCUUGGGCCGAGACUCAACGCGCCGAUCGCCGAACUGCCAUCACGACAUGGCCCAUCAGCAAGACCGUCCGCGAGGGUGAGUCUUCGGACAAGGUUCCCACAAAGCUCAGAUACGAUGGCGAUGAGGUCCAAUGGGGCUUCUCAAUUCCCAUGAACGCGCCCCAAGACGAGGUUGUCGAGUGGUUUAAGCUUGAUCUUGACCCCUCUCUCCAGAGCAUGGGACAGGCCGUCUCUUCGGAGGCAAGAGGCGGUCGCAAUGUCGACAAGCUAGUUACCGACUACAUCUCGGCCCUCGGAGAGCAUCUGCUUUACACCCUGCGGGAGAAGCUCGGCGAACAAGUUGUCAAGACCACUCCUCUCGAGUUCGUCGUUACUGUUCCCGCCAUCUGGUCUGAUCUCGCAAAGGAAAAGACGAAGCUGGCUUGUCAGAGAGCCUCGGGCCUUUCCAAAUCCAAGGCUCCCAUUCACCUCGUCUCAGAGCCAGAAGCCGCCGCUAUCUAUGCUCUGCAUGGCCUGGACCCCCACGGACUGAAGGUUGGAGAUACCGUAGUCGUGGUCGACGCUGGUGGUGGUACUGUGGAUCUUAUCUCCUACACCAUCACCAGCCUAAAGCCGAUCUUGGAAGUUCAAGAGGCUGCCCCGGGUUCCGGUGCCUUGUGUGGUUCUACCUUCCUCAACAUGCGCUUCGCCAAGUUCCUUCGGGCGAAGCUGGGCAAGGAGGAGGGAUUCGACGAGGAGGUCAUGGCCGAAGCUAUGGAGCAGUUCGAGAAGAAGGUCAAGCGUCAGUUUACCUUGGGUGCUUCCCAAGACGAGACUUACACCAUUCCCGUCGGAGGUCUCAACAACAACAAGGAGCUCGGCAUCAACCGUGGCAGGUUUGGACUGAAGGCGUCCGAUCUUCAGACCAUCUUCGAACCCGUCGUUCUUGAGUGCAUCAAACUUGUCAAAGACCAGAUCGCUGCGAGCGGUGUGACCAUUAGUGCCGUGCUGCUUGUUGGUGGCUUCGGUGCCUCCAACUACCUCAAGGAGCGUCUGCGCAACGCGAUCGACAGAAACAUCCAGAUCAUGCAACCGCCCAACGCCUGGCAAGCAGUUGUUCAAGGCGCGGUCAUGAAGGGUCUCGCUCAGGUGUCUCCCGACCGCCUUACCCAGGUCAAGGUUCAGAACCGGAAGGCUCGCAAGCACUACGGAACCGAGUGGCGCACCAAGUACGACCCCAAGAUCCACAGCCAUAUCCAGCACAAACGUCACUGGUGCGGUCUAGAUGGCUGCUACAAAGUUUACACCAUGGAGUGGUUUAUCCAGCGCAGUGACAGCGUUUCUGAGAAUGAACCCUUCUUCACAUCUUUUGUGUGGACUGGACUAUGCAGCCAAGGCCGCAUCAAGAAGAUCAAGAUGGACAUCUACGCCGACCGCUCGACUCGGAUUGCCCCGGUAUCUCGAGACGAGAACGUCUCAUUGCUUGUCCACGUGGAAGCCGAUGUUAGUCACAUCCCCGAAAACCAGCUCGCCCGCCGCCAGGGAUCCGAUGGACAGUGGUACUACGAGCUGAGCUGCAAGAUUGAGGCAGUCUAUCUGUCUGCAUCUACCACAUACACAUUGCUUUAUAACAAUCAACGCUACGAUACGGUCACGGCAGAGUACGUUUGA